AGUAUCGAAAAUCAAUCAGGAAAAGGACAAUGUGAUAAACACAUGCAGACACCAGACCGUAACUCAUUGGACGCACCACCCAAUUAUCAAGGAGAUAAAGAAGAUGAACCCAGAAGUUUAAAGGAAGACGUCACUUCGGAAAAACAUCAGAGGAGAAGAAAGAACGAACAAACAGAGGGAGAAGAAAACAUCAGUGAAAAGUUAAGGGAAACAGAAGAGGAGAACACACGACUUAAAAGACUGUUAAAGGAGAUGGAUAAAAAGAAAAGUGAAACAGAAGAGGAGAACACACGACUUGAGGGAUUGUUAAAGGAGACGGAUAAAAAGAAAAGUGAAACAGAAGAGGAGAACACACGACUUGAGGGAUUGUUAAAGGAGACGGAUAAAAAGAAAACUGAAACAGAAGAGGAGAACACACGACUUGAGGGAUUGUUACAGGAGACGGAUAAAAAGAAAACUGAAACAGAAGAGGAGAACACACGACUUGAGGGAUUGUUAAAGGAGACGGAUAAAAAGAAAAGUGAAACAGAAGAGGAGAACACACGACUUGAGGGAUUGUUAAAGGAGACGGAUAAAAAGAAAACUGAAACAGAAGAGAACACACGACAUGAGGGAUUGUUAAAGGAGACGGAUAAAAAGAAAACUGAAACAGAAGAGGAGAACACACGACUUAAAAGACUACUGUUAAAGGAGACGGAUAAAAAGAAAAGUGAAACAGAAGAGGACAACACACGACUUGAGGGAUUGUUAAAGGAGACGGAUGAAAAGAAAACUGAAACAGAAGAGGAGAACACACGACUUAAGACUGUUAAAGGAGACGGAUAA